AUGGUGUUCGAUCGAGCAACCAGGCCACAGCAGCCUUCGUCGCUUACCCUGAACAGGGGUAACCUGGAUGAAGAGAGCCAUACAUAUACCUUACCAGAGGCAACUCCGUACCAUGACAGGACAUCUAAUGAGAUGGACACUUUGGCCCCAGUGGCCGACCGCACUCUGCUCGUUCCCAAGCCAAGGUACUCCAGACGCAAUGUCGCGCGGUCACAAUCAGAAUAUGCUGGGGGAAUACAGGCGCGACGGAAACACAGUCCGAGCCCUUCACGUGCUUCCACGUUUCUCAGGAAGAUAUCCAGUCGCGCACCGAAAUCGCCCAGGUCGCCGCACUUCCUGAACUUCAACCUCAGAGGCGACCAAUAUGAGCAUCUGGACAAUAAAGAUCCCGAAUACGAACAGGAUCCUAUAGGGGUCGACUUAUCGUCCCUGGUAGGGCUGGGCUUCGAAUUGAUGCCGGGGCCUGAAAUCUCCAUCUCUCAUGUUUCUGAAUCGCAGCAGUCCACCACGAACGCCGAUCAAGGCGAUCACAGCGAGCAACGUCGAGGUCUGGGUGAUGGUAUGAUCGUUGGCGCACAGCUUCGGCUCGACCCGUCUAUGGCAGCUGUCCGUGCACAGAGCCUGAGGCAUCUCACUUCUGCUAGUGCUGCGAAUGAGAUGCAAAGAGCAAAAUCGAUCCGAGAAGCAGCGCAAGAUCUAGCACAAAGAACCAACAAAGUCGUGGCUGUGGACGAUCCUUCGGUCCCUCCCACACCUGAAGGAGCUGUGGACCUAAGCCUUCUAGAAGGAACAGAACGGCGCCGCCGGACUAAUACCACCUUCAACAAAAUCACUCCAAACUCUCAAACGACAGCCACAAAUACACGAAGUUAUUUCUAUCCUGACGAUCCCAACCCACCUAAUUGGAAGCCUAUCACCAUGAGCCCUCCUUACAUCCUUCUUCUAAUCAUAAUAUCGCUUGCGCUAGCUGCCGUACAGGAAUGGCUUUGCCAGUUAUCAAUGAGGCUCGAGGCCAAGGACGAUGGCAUCUUAAGUUUCAGCCGUGUUGCCGACGUACCGAUAUGGAGUUUUUUUUGUUGGAAGUACCUGCCAACACUAAUCUUUGUCAUCUAUGGAGUUCUGUGGCAGAUCAUGGAUUUCGAAAUCAAACGUCUCGAACCAUAUUAUCAGCUGUCUAAACCAUUGGGCAGCACUGCUGCACAAAGUCUGAACCUUGAUCACCUGAGCUUAUGGAGUUAUCUUGUCCCCUUCAAGGCUUUCCGCCUUCGACAAUGGGCAGUUUUCUGCUCCGCCGUUGGCAAUCUUCUGACAACAUCGGUCUGCCCUUCCCUUCAGAAUCCUUCUAUUAGGUUUGACCAGAACUGUGAACCGGGACAGUGCCAGGAGGGUCGACUUCCCUUCUCCGUUAGAAUUGAUCCUGGCUGGUCACGAGUGCUCACUUCAUUUCUUGUUAUUACCGCAAUCCUUGGAAUGGUUCUCUUUGUACAGCUUCGUCGCAAGUCAGGAUUGCUGAGUGACCCUAAGGGCAUUGCUGGUAUUGCCGCCAUGGCAACCAAAUCGCAUAUUCUGAACGACUUUCAAGGCAUGGACCUGGCAACUCAUCGCCAGAUACACAGCAAACUGCGCCACCGCCGGUACCUCCUCAACAAGUCCUCGAUCUGGCAGGGUGAAUAUGACAAAAGUGAAGAACCGAAAUACGAAGGGGGCCGGAACCUCGAGAGCCCGCACCCAAUGAUGCUCCGAUUGAGUGCUGGCAUUCCGUUCAUUUCUUUUCUCGCGUUCUGCCUCGUCGCCGUGCCCAUCAUCAACUUUACCGGCGCCCGCAUCAUCCCUAACACAGCGCCCUGGCUACCCAUUCUCAUUGCCACGGUGAUCAAGAUUGUCUGGACGACAUUUGAAUUCGAUGUGCGCAUGACGGAACCCUUCUACACCCUCUCCAAAGGCAAUGCACCACCGGAAAUGAGCCUUACUCUUGAUUAUCAAGGCACAGUCUACGGCUGGUUCCCCAUCAAAGCUUUGAUCAAUCGUCACUACAUCGUCGCGCUCGUUGGCUUCUCCUCCAUGCUCGCCGACGCUCUCACUGUCACGGUGUCCUCCUUCUCUGUCAAUGGCGCCGCCUUCCUAUCCUCCAACAGCGGCGACGAAAAUGCCUCCUCAGACGACGAGACCUUCCGGUCCUUUUGGGGCAGCGUUGUCCUCUCCAUCGUCAUCUUAAUAUUUCUCAUCCUCUCUGCUGCACUUGUAUAUGCCCUACGUCGGCACCCCUUCCUACCACGACAGCCGUCCACGAUUGCGGCAGUGCUGGCUUUCAUCCAUGCGAGCAAGAUGCUUGAUGACUUUAUUGAUACGGAGAGGUUGAGUAACAAGGAUAUGGAGAGGAAACUGAAGGAGAAGGGAAAGAAGUAUGGGUUAGGAUGGUUCAAAGGGAGGGAUAGGCAGUGGCAUUGUGCGAUUGAUGAGGAGCCGAUGCGCAGCAAAUAUGUACAUGGAGUGAGCUAUACCAUGGCGCAGGAGCCGUGGCAUGGUGGGAAUGGUGGGGUGGGAGGUGGAGUUGGCUAUGAUUUCAUGAGGUAUGAUCCAUAA